CUCUACAGGGCAGAUGUUACUAUGUACUGCUUUGGGGAAGAAAAAAGAUCAAACAUUACAUAUUACAUAUGGUCCACAGAACCAAAGGAUUCAUUUUAAAGGUAAAAUGGAAAUGAUGUAUAUAUAGGAAGUUUUCUCAUGAAAGAAGGCAAGACUGAGUGAAUCCCAGAAAUCCAUUGUGUACAAUAUAAAACUCAUUAACUAUUCAUUGAAGUAGUUCUCUGUAAGUUAAUGACAGUCAGUACAGUCAAUAUAAUACUAAACAGCAUGCAAUCCUAGGAAGUACAAUAAGUUUGAUAUUAUACUAUUUAAAUAGCUUACACAGACAGUUUAUGUGUAACACAUUGUUCUAAGUACUUUAUAUAUAUUAAUAUGACUUAAUCCUUAAAACAUGUCUCAAAACAUGAAGUGUGUUUUAGUUAUCAUGCCCAUUUUGCAAAUGAGAACACAGAGAUUUAGAGGAGAUAAGUGACCCACUUAAAGUUACAAAGCUGUUAAGUUAUAGUCAGGAUUUGAAUCUAUGUGCCAAAGUCUUUGCUCUUAAUCACUAAACUACUGCUUCUUAGUUUUUAUGCUUCUUUAGGAGCCUCAGACCAAAGAGGUUUACAUAAUCCCAUUAGAAGAAGCAAAAAUUUGAUGACUGUAGCUUCCUGCCCUAAUCCCUUAAUAGGUCUAAUUUUCAUUUGACUAAUUUUUAAAAUAAGGAUAACAAUGUUGUUGAAUGGGAUCAUCUAGUGGUUAGAGGUUCAAGCAUAAGAGCCACUUGGUUCUGAAUCUCAGCUCUGCCACUUGCUUGUUAUGUGACCUUGAGCAAGUUACCUCUUCAAGUCUUUUUCCUCAUCUUGAAAAUGGAGGUUAUAAUGGGACCUACAUCAUGCUAUUGUUUAAAGAUAAAAUAAGAUAGCCCAUUUAAAGCACUUAGAAAGUGCUCAAUAAAUAUUAUUGGUGUAAUAAAUAGCAGCAGCAUCAAUAAACUAUGAACCAAAUGAUCUCUUGUUUCUUAUACUAGCACUAAAAAUAGUUUAUUUCUGUUCUAAUUAAAAGAAAAUUACAGCAACCAAAACAACAAACCAAACCAUAAGCCAUAAAACCAAUUAUAUCUUUCGUGAGAAAACCAGAAAGGCCACUGGACUCAUUAAUUCACAUGUUAUUAGUUAUCCUCUCUGUUCCAAAAUGUAUGUGUUCUAGCAUCCUGAGACACCUUGCACAAUAUAAUCACUGUGACUCUAAGAGGUCAAAUGGGCAGGCAGUUAAUGCUUCUCUGUGAAAAGCUCAAUAAUUCAUUUUAUAAAUUUCAGUUCAAAGCCUACGUUGAGGUUAAGAAAAAUUGACAUUCGGUCUGUGAACUUAAUGUCAAGCUCCAGAAAAACUCUGGGCAGCACAUGUUUAGUGAUUAAGUGGACGCAGACAAUAAAGACAUUGCCAAAUUGUAAAACAAGACUUGGAAAUCACAGAAAAUGUUGCUAGUUAUUGAUUACGGUGACCAUUCAGUUCCUAUUGAGCCACCCAAAAGAAUCAUUCAUUUUCCAGCAGAGAGCCUGCUCAUUUGCAAGAUAAAAGAGAGACAUUUCUGCACAUGCCCAUAAUGUUCUUCACCACUGGGGGCAGCUUUACAUAAGACUGCAUUCACUGAAACCAAAGCAACAGUCCGAGCAGCUUUCAGAAUGACAGUCUGCAGAAGUGAGCUGAGCGUGUGCGCGGUACAGGGCUCUCCUGCCUUCUGGGCUCCAACGCAGCUCUGUGGCUGAACUGGGUGCUCACCACGGGAACUGCUGGGCUAUGGAAUACAGAUGUGGCAGCUCAGGUAGCCCCACAUUGCCUGGAGGAAUACAUCAUGUUUUCCGAUAAGAAGCAAUUGUAGAAGCCAGUUUUUUUUUUUGAACACCCCCCCCCAAAAAAAACUGUAAAGAUGCAAAAACGUAAUAUCCAUGAAGAUCCUAUUACCUAGGAAGAUUUUGAUAUUUUGCUGCGAAUGCGGUGUUGGGAUUUAUUUUUUCUUGGAGUGUUCUGCGUGGCUGGCAAAGAAUAAUGUUCCAAAAUCGGUCCAUCUCCCAAGGGGUCCAAUUUUUCUUCCUGGGUGUCAGCGAGCCCUGACUCACUACAGUGCAGCUGACAGGGGCUGUCAUGCAAGUGGCCCCCUAAGCCAAAGCAAAAGACCUAAGGACGACCUUUGAACAAUACAAAGGAUGGGUUUCAAUGUAAUUAGGCUACUGAGCGGAUCUGCUGUAGCACUGGUUAUAGCCCCCACUGUCUUACUGACAAUGCUUUCUUCUGCUGAACGUGGAUGCCCUAAGGGCUGUAGGUGUGAAGGCAAAAUGGUAUAUUGUGAAUCUCAGAAAUUACAGGAGAUACCCACAAGUAUAUCUGCUGGUUGCUUAGGUUUGUCCCUUCGCUAUAACAGCCUUCAAAAACUUAAGUAUAAUCAAUUUAAAGGGCUCAACCAGCUCACCUGGCUAUACCUUGACCAUAAUCAUAUCAGCAAUAUUGACGAAAAUGCUUUUAAUGGAAUACGCAGACUCAAAGAGUUGAUUCUGAGUUCCAAUAGAAUCUCCUAUUUUCUUAACAAUACCUUCAGACCUGUGACAAAUUUACGGAACUUGGAUCUGUCCUAUAAUCAGCUGCAUUCUCUGGGAUCUGAACAGUUUCGGGGCUUGCGGAAGCUGCUGAGUUUACAUUUGCGGUCUAACUCCCUGAGAACCAUCCCUGUGAGAAUAUUCCAAGAUUGCCGCAACCUGGAACUUUUGGACCUGGGAUAUAACCGGAUCCGAAGUUUAGCCAGGAAUGUCUUUGCUGGCAUGAUCAGACUCAAAGAACUUCACCUGGAGCACAAUCAAUUUUCCAAGCUAAACCUGGCCCUUUUUCCAAGGCUGGUGAGCCUUCAGAAUCUUUACUUACAGUGGAAUAAAAUCAGUGUCAUAGGACAGACCAUGUCCUGGACCUGGAGCUCAUUACAAAGGCUUGAUUUAUCAGGCAAUGAGAUCGAAGCUUUUAGUGGACCUAGUGUUUUCCAGUGUGUCCCGAAUCUGCAGCGCCUCAACCUGGAUUCCAACAAGCUUACAUUUAUUGGUCAAGAGAUUCUGGAUUCUUGGAUAUCCCUCAAUGACAUCAGUCUUGCCGGGAAUAUAUGGGAAUGCAGCAGAAAUAUUUGUUCCCUGGUAAACUGGCUGAAAAGUUUUAAAGGGCUGAGGGAGAAUACAAUUAUCUGUGCCAGUCCCAAAGAGCUGCAAGGAGUAAACGUGAUUGAUGCAGUGAAGAACUACAGCAUCUGUGGCAAAAGUACCACAGAGAGGUUUGAUCUGGCCAGGGCUCUCCCAAAGCCAACGUUUAAGCCCAAGCUCCCCAGGCCGAAGCAUGAGAGCAAACCCCCUUUGCCCCCGACUGUGGGAGCCACAGAGCCCGGCCCAGAGACUGAUGCUGACGCCGAGCAUAUCUCUUUCCAUAAAAUCAUCGCGGGGAGCGUGGCCCUUUUUCUGUCGGUGCUCGUCAUCCUGCUCGUUAUCUACGUGUCAUGGAAGCGGUACCCUGCGAGCAUGAAGCAGCUGCAGCAGCGCUCCCUCAUGCGAAGGCACAGGAAAAAGAAAAGACAGUCCCUAAAGCAAAUGACUCCCAGCACCCAGGAAUUUUAUGUAGAUUAUAAACCCACCAACACAGAGACCAGCGAGAUGCUGCUGAAUGGGACGGGACCCUGCACCUAUAACAAAUCAGGCUCCAGGGAGUGUGAGAUACCUUUAUCAAUGAAUGUGUCAACCUUUCUGGCAUACGACCAGCCCACAAUAAGUUACUGUGGGAUGCAUCAUGAACUUCUCUCUCAUAAGCCCUUUGAAACGAAUGCACAGGAAGAUACGCUGGAAACACACCUAGAGACUGAGCUGGACCUGAGCACAAUCACAACAGCUGGCCAAAUCAGUGACCAUAAACAGCCGCUAGCUUAACUGAGCUAAUUGGUAGCCAAGGGUUGCUACCAAACUUUGUAACCUCAAGGACAAAAUGAGGAAGAUUCAUUCAUUGUGGACUCUAAAAAAUAAAACAAAACAAAUCCCCUGUUCAAAUAAACAAAAAUCCAAGAUUAAGUCAUGAAAUAAAGAAGACAUGAAUUGUUUUAAGUCUACACUUUGUAAUUAGCUAAGUUGUGCAGUAUUUUUUUGACUUUAAACAGAGUAUGACCCUGAAAAAAAAGAAUCGUUUUUUUCAAAACUCAUCCUACCUACCUGUAAAAACUGUACAGAGCUAAUGUAUUUUUCAUAUUGUAAAUUUUCAAUUAUAGAAACAACUGGUAUAUACAGUACCAUAAUUUAAUUACAUUUUACUUUACAAACUUUACAUAUUUCAGUUUCUAAAAUUUUAAAUUAACAAAAAUUAUUUCUUGUGUUAUCAGAGUUACUCAGUUUUGUAGGGACUGUUUUGUUACUGCUUUUGUGCCCAGAAACCUUGACUCUAAAAUUCUGUGCUGUAUGAAACAUGCACGAUUUUUACGAUGCUUACUGCGUAGAAUUUUAUCUACUUGUUCCAGAAAUAAUACAUUAACCAAAAAGGAUUUAAUUGUUCAGACUUGUAAGAGAUUCUUCAACUACAUAGACAGGUUUUUCUUAUAAAUGGAAAAAAAUCAAAGAUUUUUUUUAACAGUUCUCAGAUUUAACUGUUGCCUUGAAUUACAGCCUAGUUUCUAAGCAGUGAAAUGUAAUGAUAAAGAGGGAUAUUUUAACAAAUAUUUCCGAAUGAAUGACUCAUUAUUUUAUUCUUUUGAAUAACCAUUGUUAAGGGUGUGGGGGGGAAGCAUGGACAAAACAUCACUGGAAACAAAGGCCGUAACCACAGCAACAGACUUUGAUACACUUAAAAGGUGCAGCUGCCAGUGACAAAGAAAAACUUUUGUUACAUCUCAUUAUUUUCAGGCCAAGGUGGGAGGACAGAGCAUAAUAAUUUGUACAGUAGCAAUUUUUCUCCUAAUUAACUCAAAGUGGUUUACCUAAAAAUAACCAUCAGUCAAUGCAAAAUGUGCCUGGUUCUUAAGACAACUUUUCAUUUAGAACUGUGAGAUUAUAUUUUGGGAACAUUUCAAAGGAAAUAUAUGAAUUUUUUGUAUUGUGUGCUACAUCAAUUCUUUCCUGAAGGAGAACUUCAAAUAUCUACAGCUCAUUCAAAAUAAAUAUGAGCAUGGUGGAGAACUUUCACUCAAGUAGACUAUAAACAUCCUUAAUAUAUUCCAAAUUAUUUAUCUUGCUGUCCAUAAUGGAAUCCACCUCCAAAUUAUCUGAGAAAUAACUCAGAGUAUUUUGACACCACCCCAGAUCAUAUUUGAUUAUGCAAUUAUAUUAUAAAGCUAAUUCAAAUGAAAUUAAGAAAACCUGACUUUUCAAAGGCUGAAAUAAUCAAAUUGUUUCUGUUGUUUGAUUGACACAGGUUGUUGUUUGAAAAUAUUGUUACUUUAUCUGUGUUAACCACACAUUCUUCUUGAUCUUUUUUUUUAAAUAUAAACUGCAAGUUUCAAUUACUGUUGCACUAGGAGAAACACUUUUUAUAUUGUCAUUUGAUAUUCAUUACAUCAAAAAUAGAUCAAGAAUAUAUCAAUCUACUGGGUCAAACAAUCGAAAAGAAUGAGGAAAAAAUUAGUGAAAAGUAAUGUCAAACUUUUAAUGUUUUAUCUCUCUCAAAGAAAUCGUACCUACAAAAGUCUAAUUUUAUGCAGGUUCAUCACAGCAAUUUUAAAAUCAGCUUCAAGAAGAAUGAACCUAAAAAUUGUAGAUCAAAUUUUUGUUGAAAAUAUACAAAGUCAGAAAGAAAAAAGAUGUAAAUGUUGGAAGAAGCAAACUAUAUUACUAAUUUAAAUUAAACUAAAUGUCAAACACACUACUUGUAUCAACUAUUUAGUAUCCCAGAUUUUGUAACAUAUUUUGCAUAAAUUAUUUGCUAUUCAAAAUUUUUGUCAUUUUAAGUCUAAUUUUACUCUUUUUUUUCCAAUUUCUAAUUUAUUUGCAUUGUGUUAUUCUACAAGUAUUCUUAAUCCUCUACACUGAGAUUUUACUUCUCACAGCACAUUUAUAGAAGCCUAUAAAUCUAUUAUCUGUGAGUCUAAAAUCAAGUGCAAAAUUUUAUUCAUUAUGUAAACCAAAAUGUCAUUUGCAAUUUUUCUCAUUAGAAGUUGUCCUUACAAAUAUAUGCCCUUGAUUUCCUGAAGCAAACCACUUUCUUUUUAAAAUGUUUUACGGUCAUCUAAAGUAAACAACUAUAAAUAGAAGCAAUUACCUUGGAACCAUGGCUCUGUGCAUCCAAGGCCCUGAGCUACUGUAAAAGCCAAAUGACCUAAGAAUUUUGAAAUUUCUCAUAUUUGAAAUAAAGACCAAAAGGGUCUUUAACAAGAAAAAAAAAGAUUCUGGGUUAUUUGUUUGCUUAAUUUUUAUUCUGCCAUGUCCAGACUCCGGGUAGAAUCUUUAUAACAUGUUUGUAAUUUAUAUCAGUUUGUUUCUAAAACUUUUGUUUCUAACCUAUCUUUUCCAGCAUUCAAUAAUCUCCCACUUCCUUCCUCUAAUCACUCACUCCAUAUAUCCCUUCCUGUGUAUUGAUCACCUAUUUAAGCAACUAAAAUGUUUAGUUGUGUUUGGAGUUGAAAAAUGGAGACUUGGACCCAGCGUGGUUGCAGUAAUAGCAGCAGCUAAGCAAACAAUAAAGUUAUGCAGUGUUUUGAGGUUUAUAAACCACAUUUUAAAUAAAUUAUGUCAUUUUGUCUUCUUUACAACCCUAUGAAGACACAUUAAUCUCAAAGAAGUUGAGCCCUCACCCAAGAACACAAUUGGUAUAAUUGAACCAUUCUCAAAACUUAGAGGUUAUUAGUCUUUCCACUAUACUAAAAGCUUUCUCUCUCUGAUCAAUGCCAGAGAACUUCCAGAGAGAGCGAGGAUUUGAUUGAAAAAAAAAAAGUUUGAAAUGUUGUUUAGUAAAUGCUAAUUUAAUUCACUUCCACUAUCUGUAUAAUAUGUGGACUAUAUGAACUCUCUGUGUGCUACUCUGGACUCCCAGUUAAAACUCUAUUCAGAAAGUAUAGCAAAUCACAUAUUUCUUCACAUACAAGAUCAUUUGCUACUGUGUAGAACAGUUGCUCCCAAGAUGUGGAUGCAUGUAGGCCCCAAGAUGCAGACACAAAAUCAAGAAGCACAAGGAGAGAAACCAAAGACUUUCUAAAUUUCUAAAUAAUUAUAAGAGAUCCCAUAGUGCAAGGUUGAACACAUGUGCAACACAUGCUCAAUUCAGAGCUGAUUGGGAACACUUGUAUAAAAUUCUUUUUUUUUUUUUCCUUUUUUUGUUUUGGCAAGAUUUAUUGAACCAUGAAUUUUAUUUACCCAUCAGAAAACAAUCUUCUCAAUUUUCUCUAAAAAUAAAAUAUAAUAUAUUCAAACUGAUUACUAUAGAUGCUAAAACAUAUGCUAACAUGCAAAUAAUAUAUUUUACUAAUGAACUCAUUUUUGUCAAGUCUCUAUCCCUGGUCCCUCCUGAAUGUUCUAGAAAACCAUAAAACUGUACAUAUUUUUAGUAUAAAUUAUAUUUUUAGAAGGACAGAAAACUUGCCCAAAUUUAACAUUCAAGACUAAUGACAUAAUCCUAUUUUGAACCCAGAUCUGUCUGAUUCCAUAAACUGCUUAAGAAUAGCAGAAUCUUUUUGCAAAAGUGUUUUCUAACGUCUAACCAUUGAAAUAAAUACAUUUGUUUUUGACUGUUCCUUACUGGAAAACAGAUAUCAUCUCUCAAACUAAAUGUUCAAAAUAAGUAAAGAAACUGAAAGCAUGGAAACAGAUGUCUGAUGUGAAAUGUUAGUAAGCUGUAAGAAAGAAUAUCGGAUGUUUUAGGUAAAUGGAAGCAUCUGAAAAUAGAGGUAAUGGGACUGACAGAUUUUUGGCCUGAGGAGAGAAGGUAGGAAAUCUCCAGAGUAGAUAUAAUAACAUCUUAUAUUGAAAUACCUCUUAACAGUUCAUCAUGCUGGGUAAUAGUAUAACAAUCUCAUAACAAAUAAAAUGUCUCAAGGUCCAGAUGAAUUGCUCUUACAGUAAGAACUUCCAACUACACUCAUUACCUUCUCAAUUCUCCACAGCUAUCCCUAAAUAAGAGUGGCACCAAGGGCAAAGGAACCAACAUCAAUGCUUUCACAGUUCUAAUACACCCACAAAGGUAGAGUGGAUGGACAGUCAACAGUUGUGCUUCAUUUUACCAUUAGCUAUAAUGGAGAAGAAACAUUUGAAAAUUAAAAAAAAAAAAAUACUGGAAUGGUGAUGGGUUAUUUUUAAAGGUCUCCUAUGACUUGCAUAUGAUUUUAUUGUGAGAUAGGAGGCAGCUUAUAUUUAAAUUUUUUAAAUUUAGGAUAAAAUUUAUGUUUAAAAAAGUCUAGAGUUGAUUAUUUACCUUCUGUUAAGGACAGUGAUCUUAAAGCAGCAGAGUGCCUCAGCCAUCUAGGACUUAGGAAACUCUGGAGUUUCUUCCUCCUCUCUCUUAUGUAUAGAUUUUGUUUUAUAUGAUAUUCAUCUUCCUGAAAAGCUGAGUGAAAGUUUGUUUUGUAUAAAUCAAAUACUAUCUCAAAUGCAUCAAGAGACUUUGUGAUAAAGGAUCCUUGAAAUUCUUUUUGUUUUCUAAUCUGAAACAUUACUUGCUAAUUUAUCUUCUGUAAAUUAACUUCCAUAUACCUUGUGUUGUAUAAUGUAGCACACUUGUAUCGUGUGACCUUGAAGGUUCUAUGAGGCAGUGUCUGUCUCAGACUAUAUAAAAUGAAGGGCUGACUCCAGGUUUUGAGUUGGUCUAAAUGAGUAA